AAAUUCAUUUACCCCCCUCGGGAUCCGAGAAAUUUCCCUCCUCUUUCCACUUGUCACCGCCGUUCGCCUUCCCAACCACGAGACGACCCUGCCCUCGCCGGAGAUGCUGCCGUCGGCGACCGGGGACAUCGCCGGCGACGUCCACUCGGCGCGAGAGAUGCUCCAUCCCAUCCUCCUUUGACUUCUUGCCGCCGCGGGAGCUUGACUGGAUCUGAGCUAGCUGGAUUGGUGGGUGGGCGCGUCAAGAAGGGGAUGAGCUUUGGCGCCGUUGACGUCGACGAUGGCGGCGCCGCGGCGACGGCGGCGGCGAGUGGGGGUGAGGAGGUGAGAGCUAUGCCGGCCGAGGUGAGCUGGGAGAUGCUUGACAAGUCGCGGUUCUUUCUGCUCGGCGCCGCGCUCUUCUCCGGCGUCUCGGCGGCGCUGUACCCGGCGGUGGUCCUCAAGACGCACCUCCAGGUCUCGCCGCCGCCUGCGGCGGCGGCGUCUACCACGGCGGCGGCGAUCCUCCGCCGUCACGGUCCUCGGGGAUUCUACCGCGGCUUCGGCGCGUCCCUCGCCGGGACGGUGCCCGCGCGCGCCGUCUACAUGGCCGCGCUCGAGGCCACCAAGAGCGCCGUGGGCUCCGCCGCCGUCCGCCUCGGCGUCGCGGAGCCGGCCGCGUCCGCCGCGGCCUCGGCCGCGGGCGGCGUGUCCGCCGCCGUCGCGGCGCAGGUCGUGUGGACCCCCGUCGACGUCGUCAGCCAGCGCCUGAUGGUCCAGACCGCCGCCGCCGGCCCCCCGUACCGCGGCGGCGCCGACGCGCUCCGCAGGAUCCUCCGCGCCGACGGCGUGCGCGGCCUGUACCGCGGCUUCGGCGUCUCCGUCCUCACCUACGCGCCCUCCAGCGCCGCGUGGUGGGCGUCCUACGCCACGGCGCAGCGCCUCAUCUGGCGCGCCCUCGGCCCCGCCCACCACGACAGCCGCGCGUCCGUGGUCGCCGUGCAGGGCGCCAGCGCCGCGGCGGCGGGCGGCGCCGCCGCGCUGGUGACCAUGCCGCUCGACACCGUCAAGACGCGGCUCCAGGUCAUGGACGGCGGCGGCGCGUCGCUGGCGUCCGAGGCGCGCGCGCUGGUGCGGGAGGGCGGGUGGGGCGCCUGCUACCGCGGCCUGGGGCCGAGGUGGGCGUCCAUGUCGCUCUCCGCGGCCACCAUGGUCACCGCCUACGAGUUCUUGAAGCGGCUCUCGACCAAGGACACCUCACUCUGAUAGAGGCAUCGUAGCUGUAACCAGAGCAAACCAGCUUGUGAUUUGUAAACUGAUAGUAAAUCGUAUGCACAUGUACAUAUCUAAAGCAUCUGCGUUUCACAUUGAUCUCCUCUACGACAUUAGGAUGCAAAGGCUAGAUUUUGUUGGAUUUUUGAAGCUCUCUUUGUAAGUUGUGACGAUGAUGAUGAAAAAGUUUGGUGAAACGAAGAACAUGUAUAUUUGCAUUUGAUCAAAAUGUUAUUUGGUGGUUUAUGUGAUUCAA